AUGAGCGCCAACCCCACGACUGGAGUGCUGGAUCCCUACAUCUGUCGGGUCUCUGUGCGGAAGGUCUGUCUAUCUCUGUCUGUCUGUUGACUUUUGGGGGACCUCUCUUAGCAACACAUAGCUCUUUGCUGUUAUCUCUUUGUCUGUGAACAUCAGGGACUACCGUGUCCUGCGUGUACCACUGGAUUAUUUAUCUUUCCAGUCACUAUUCACACCCCUGAUAGUGUAAACUCUGUAGCCUCUGUAAUCUGAUGAUAGAUCAGUGUUAAUCACACACACUCCACUGCGUGCAAGACUGUCAAUGCUCAGUAGUUAUCUCCCUUUUCCUGUUUUCACUACAGGAACUCAAAGGAGGAAGAACGUAUUCAAAGGUAAGAGCCCACUCCUCCUGAGCACCCCACCAUAUAGCCAUAAAAACAUUACAAUUUACUGUAGCCUGAUGUCAACACACAUCAACACUGCUGUUAAGACAUUUAAACAUUCACAUUAGUCACCCCACUUCUACAAACACAAGCAACAACUUUGGCACUAUGUAUAAGCAGAAUAAACUACACUGAACAAAAAUAUAAACGCAACAUGCAACAAUUUCAAAGAUUUUACUGAGUUACAGUUCAUAUAAGGAAAUAAGUCAAUUUAAAUCAAUUCAUUAGGUCCUAAUCUAUGGAUUUCACAUGACUGGGAAUACAGAUACUCUUUUUUUUAAGGUAGGGGUGUGGAUCAUAAACCCAGUCAGUAUCUGGUGUGACCACCAUUUGCCUCAUGCAGCGUGACACAUCUAUUGAUUGUGGCCUGUGGAAUGUUGUCCCACUUCUCUUCAAUGGCUGUGCGAAGUUGCUGGAUAUUGGCGGAAACUGGAACACACUGUCGUACAAGUUGAUCUAGAGCAUCCUAAAAGUGCUCAAUGGGUGACAUGUCUGGUGAGUAUGCAGGCUAUGGAAGAACUGGGACAUUUUCAGCUUCCAGGAGUGGUGUACAGAUCCUUGCGACACGGGCUGUGAUGGCGGCGGAUGAAUGGCAAGACAAUGGGCCUCAGGGUCUCGUCACGGUAUCUCUGUGCAUUCAAAUUGCCAUUGUGUUCGUUGUCUGUAGCUUAUGCCUGCUCAUACCAUAACCCCACCGCCACCAAGGGGCACUCUGUUCACAACGUUGACAUCAGCAAACUAUUUGUAUUUUAUUUAAUUUAACCUUUAUUUAACUAAGUUAAGAACAAAUUAUUAUUUACAAUGACGGCCUACACCAGCCAAACCCGGACGACGCUGGUCCAAUUGUGCGCUGCCCUAUGGGACUCCCAAUCACAGCUGGUUGUGAUACAGCCUGGAAUCGAACCGGGGGUCUGUAGUGACGCCUCAAGCACUGAGAUGCAGUGCCUUAGACCGCUGUGCCACUCGGGAGCCCACACGACGCAGUACAGUUGAAACCAGGAUUCAUCCGUGAAGAGCGCACUUCUCCAGCGUGCCAGUGGCCAUCGAAUUGAGCAAUUUCCCACUGCAGUUGGUUACGAUGCCGAACUGCAGUCAGGUCAAUACCCUGGUGAGGAGGACACAGUUUCUGAUGGUUUGUGCAGAAAUUAUUUGGUUGUGCAAACCCACAGUUUCAUCAGCUAUCCAGGUGGCUGGUCUCAGAUGAUACCGCAGGUGAAGAAGCCGGAUGUGGAGGUCCUGGGCUGGCGUGGUUACACAUGUUCUGCGGUUGUGAAGCCGGUUGGACGUACUGCCAAAUUCUCUAAAAUGACGUUAUGGUGGAGAAAUGAACAUUAAAUUCUCUGGCAACAGCUCUGGUGGACAUUCCUGCAGUCAGCAUGCCAAUUGCACGCUCCCUCAACUUGAGACAUCUGUGGCGUUGUGUUAUGUGACAAAACUGCACAUUUUAGUGGCAUUUUAUUGUCCCCAGCACAAGGUGCACCUGUGUAAUGAUCAUGCUACUUAAUCAGCUUCUUGAUAUGCCACACCUGUCAGGUGGAUGGGUUAUCUUUGCAAAGGAGAAAUGCUCACUAACAGGGAUGUAAACAAAUUUGUGCACUAAAUUUGAGAGAAAUACACUUUUUGUGCCUGUGGAAAAUUACUGGUAUCUUUUAUUUCAGCUCAUGAAACAUGGGACCAACAGUUUACAUUUAUAUUUUUGUUCAGUGUAAAUGAACUUCAAAUAAAGAUGUGGAAAGUUUAUAGAUAAUGCACUCUCAGGUUGCUAGGGACACUUCCUGUGUUUUCUCACACUAUACUUCUGGAUUUCCUUAAGCUAAAUAAACUCCUUUCCCCCUUGGAAAUGGGCUUCCUUAAAUACACACAUCUGUAAACAAUAGCUUUGAGGAAAUGCAACCUGGAGAAAGGGAAAUUAGACUCAUCUCCUCUUGGAUAACCUUAGAUUCAAACAAAAAAACAGGAGGACUAAGUAUCUGUAGCAGUCUGUCUCUACAUCCAGUCCCUUAGGGCUAGAAAGUCAUGACAUUUGACAUUUUAGGUUAUGUCACAGUAUAUGCAGGUUUAGAACUACUGUAGUGAAUGCAACUGUUGCUCUUUCUCCCUCAGCUGGGUUUUACUGACCUCAACAUGGCGGAGUUCGCUGGCUCGGGCUCUGCAGUCCGCUGUUGUCUGCUGGAGGGAUACGACACCAAGAAUACCAGACAGGACAACUCCAUACUGAAGGUAAAGGGAUUGUGCUGGGGUGGGCAGGAGUCAGGACUAUUGACCUUGGGACUUUGUCAGGGUUGUGUUUUGUUUGGUUGAGCAGAACAACUUAUAUCGUUUAUACUUAGUGACUUUGUAUUGUGGGAAAGGACCUCCCCCCCCCGCCACACUACUGAUCACCCAGAGCAGUUGAUGCCCAGCACCUCAGCUGAACUUUGAUAUACUGUAGCUAGUGCAAACAUGACUUGCUGUCUUACUUUUGAUAUGUUCUUCUUGUAAUGAAAGUUGAUUUUGUCUGGAUCUUCUCUGAAGGUGACUAUUGGGAUGGCGCUCCUAUCUGGAGAUCCGUGCUUUAAAACGUGAGUGACCUGACAUGUUCAAAUCUCUGAUCGUCAUGCAUUUAGAAAAUGUGACUCUGGCGCCCCCCCAAUGGUGAGUCAAUUAGCCCCAUCAAGCAACCCUAACAUUGCACAGUAUAAUAUGGCCUGACCAGUCAUGUUUUUUUGCAGUGCCCCCAGCACAGCCAAGUCCAUCUCCAUCUCAGGCCAGGACCAUGUCCUGCAGCUGGACUGUAAGGGGGAGGGCACUGGAACCCCUAACUGGCCCCCUUCUCUGGGCCGGUCCAUGAAGCCCAGACCCUCUAUCAUUAGCUCAGGUAUGACAGGGCACAUGGAUCUGCUCAAACCUGGUAACAGUGGGUGUUUUAUGAUAAUCCAUCAACACGAAACAGUUAAUCUAGGUCUGGGACACAUGGCGAGGGACUCUAACUAAUUGAGAUGUGGCUCUGGUUGGUGUCAGGUCUUCCAGAGGAGCCAAACCAGACCCAGGCAGCUAGCCCAGGAGAAGUAUUCCAGUCGGGGCACUCUCGCAACUCCAGCUAUGCCAGCCAGCUGAGCAGGAUCUCAGGUGUGUGGGUUCCUGUUCCCCAUCAUCCCUCUCCAGAGUUGUUUUUUGGUAUUUGCACCUAAGUCUGUAAUGUAAACAUAUUGUCCCCUAGGCUACAGCACAGAGCACUCCUGCUCCUCCAGUCUGUCUGACCUCACACACAGGAGGAACACCUCCACAGGAAGCAGCGCAUCUGGGAGCCUCAGUGUGACAGUAGACACCACCACAGAAGGGGAGAAGGACAUCUGCCGGCCAGAGAGACCCCCUCGACCCCCACGGCCCAUCCUGCCAUCCAGCAGACCCCCUAGGCAAGACCUCCCACUCACCAGAUGUAUUUAGCCCAAUGUGUCUGUUUUCACAAUCUAUGAAAAAAAUGAAACACUCCAAUCAUCAGUGGAACACUACUGUUAUUUGUAUGACUGCUGUUUAUCCACUUAAUGUUGCCUGACUGGGCCUUUUCCCUCCACCCUGUGACAGGAGGAAGCAGGAUUCCGUGGAGAGCCAUCCCUCUUGGGUGAAUGACACCCGCAUCGAUGCCGACCAUAUUGUUGAAAAGAUCGUCCAGAGCCAGAACUUUGCUGACAUAAGUAACACUGAAGGUAUGAAGCCCCAACCUAACCCUGCCCUUUCACUUGUCCAGUACAUUUUGUGGGGGGCUCUUUUUGUACAUAACUUGUCUCUUUUCUACUGUUUCAUUUGUCUCUUGGUGGGUUUGUUUCCUCCUCAGACAGUAACCUGCGACUGUUUGUCAGUAGAGACGGCACCACAUCCCUGAAUGGUCUACUGCUUGGAAACAGGUGAGAAAGCAGAAAGGGCACAUAUAAUAGUAAUACAAGCAAACGCACACACACAGGUCUUACUCUGCCAUUUGUCAUUCUUUCAGGGUGUCUGCCGGUGUCUAUGAGCCAGUUGUGAUAGAGAGCCAUUAG